AUGGCUGAAAAAGGCCUUGAUAGCUACUCAGUUCAAGAAAAGAAGGAGACAUCCUACGUCUUUCCUUUAUCUGAUGAUGAAAAAGCAAAGAAGCGUAUCCAAGUCCAUAAAUUCAAGGGAAAAAUUUUGUUUGACAUCAGGGAACUUUACUGCAAGGAUGAUGAAUGGCUUCCUGGCAAGAAAGGAAUUUCAUUACGUGUUGAAGAUUUCAAGAAACUCAAAGAAUUAAUGCCAUUAGUAGAAGAAGCCAUUGUUGCUCUUGGUGGUAACCUUGAUGACGACAGUGAGUAA